GUUCCAAACAAUUUUUCGUUCCAUCGAGAAAGAGCGCGCGGCGCGUUGAAAAAUACAUAAUAAUAUUAUUGUGGUAAAAUCCUAUCAUCCGAAUUUUUUUUUGCGCCCAAAAACGUUCCCAUUGUUGAUCAAAAGUGCAGUUUACAAAACACACAUACAAACAAAGUCACAGGAGGAGAGCAGCGGCGAACCCAAAGAGAACAGGAACGUGAUUGUGUGUGAGUGAGUGAGAGAGAGAGAGAGCCAGUAUAUCCCGCCAUUAUGAGCAAGAAGCCAACAGUUGGACCGGCGCUCCACAAGGUCAUUAUGGUGGGUAGCGGCGGCGUUGGCAAAUCGGCCCUCACACUGCAGUUUAUGUACGAUGAAUUCGUUGAGGACUAUGAGCCCACCAAGGCCGAUAGUUAUAGGAAAAAGGUUGUGCUGGAUGGUGAGGAAGUACAAAUAGAUAUACUGGAUACGGCUGGUCAGGAGGACUAUGCAGCCAUCAGAGAUAAUUAUUUUCGCAGCGGCGAGGGUUUCCUCUGUGUCUUCUCAAUCACAGACGAUGAGAGCUUCCAGGCAACCCAGGAAUUCAGAGAACAGAUAUUGCGGGUGAAGAAUGACGAGAGCAUACCGUUCCUGCUGGUGGGCAACAAAUGCGAUUUGAAUGACAAGCGAAAGGUGCCGCUGAGCGAGUGCCAAUUGAGGGCCCAACAGUGGGCGGUGCCCUACGUGGAGACCUCGGCCAAGACGCGCGAGAAUGUUGACAAGGUAUUUUAUGAUCUAAUCAGGGAUAUUUCAUCACGUAAAAAACAACGUCAGACGGACGUGAAACAGCCGCCGAAGCCCAAUUCUCAUUGCUGCCAAUUGCUGUAAGAUGAAACAACCAACAAAACAACAACUACCACAUGAUGAACAACAACAACAACCACAACAAAUGCAGCAGCAAACAACUUGCAACAACAACAACAACAGCUACAACGGCCACAUGGAUAAAACCUUCAACAAGAAGAGCAGAACGUUAUGUUAAUAAUAAAUUAACUUAGAGAACACACACACAACACACGAAAAACAAAAUAUAAAAAAAAAACUAUUUUCCGCACCAAACGAAAAAAGAAAAAAAAUAACGCAAAACACUUAAUCCAAGCAACAAACUGCAUUGUAAUAUACAUAAACGAUAUAUUUUGUAGGCAAACAAACUAAAUCAUUUUCCCAACAUUCAGCCGUCACGACAACUUUGUCACUUAACUUCUAGUUAAGUUUUCUUAAAUUUGAACAAUUGUGUUUCGUCUUUGUUGCUCCUUUAAAUUAGAAAUGAGAAAACACAAGCCUAAAGCGUAAACUUAUUAAAUAUAAUCAAUCUUAGAAACCUAAAAACCAAUUAUGCAAUUCAUUAAACACUAUAAAUAUCUUCUCCUUUUUUUUUGUAAUUUUUAAUUUAAAUAGCGAAAUGCAAACACACACACAAAACAAACAAGAAACCUUACAGAAAAGCUUUUUAUGAAUACUUCUAUAUAUAUUUAAAUAUACAAAAAAUAAAAACAAGAAUAGUUUAAACAAAA